GGAAGCCCGAAUAAUUAACACAUAACUUUGUGGCCGCUUAAACAAAGUGAAAAGUGCUACUGAAAUUUGUGUGCGAAAACAAUUUAAAGUACGUAGAAAGUUUUUAAAACUUGUUUAAAAAUUGAAUACUAUGGAAUAAAAGAGUGUUCGAAGGGCUGUAGGAGUAAAAAGAAAAAUAUUCUCGAUAUUUUAUUUAAAUUUUUGAGGGUAUAUAAAACUAAUUUAAAGUACAUGGAUUGUAUUAAAAAUGAGGAGAAACUUAACGACGUCCUUUCUGAUUAUCUAAAGAAAAAGUCCUGUUCUACAGUAGAACCGGCUUGGAUAAUAAAGAAAUCUCCAUUAGGGGGCUUUGGAAUAUUUUCCAAAAGAGAUAUACAAGCUGGUGAAGUAAUUUUUAUAGAUUAUCCAAUAAUAUUAGGACCAAGAUGUUUAAAAGAUUAUCCAGUGCAAUGUACAGUAUGUUACAGUAAAAGGAAUUUGACCACCUGUGAUAAAAAUUGCGGCCUCAUUGUUUGCAACUUAUGCAAAUUGUCAGAACACCAUCAAAAAGAAUGUCUUCUGAUCAGAAACUUUAAAAAAGAUAGAAUAUUUUCGGAUGAAGACAACAAGGUACUAACCAAAUGUAUGACUCCUUUAAGAUCCCUAACUUUAACCAGAGAGGAUGUAGAAUUAGUGGUUAGCUUAAAAUCCCAUAAAGGAAGUCAACAUGGUAAAGAAAUAGAGAUUCUAACAGGAAAAUUGGGUUUAACUAUACCAGAAGACGAAACCAAGUUCUUGUAUCAUGUCUGCACUGUGUUGGAUGCAAAUGCGUUUGAAGUCCUAACUGAUCCGCUUGAUAAUAUGAAUACUGUUAGAGGUCUAUUUCCUCUAGGUAGUUUGGCCAAUCACAGGUGUUAUCCAAAUGCUUUCCAUGUAUUCGAUGAACAACACAGAAUGAUAGUUCGAGCUGCAGUAUUCAUAGAAAAGAAUACUGAAAUAUUUCAUUCGUACACAAGACUUUUAUGGGGCACCGUUAGUAGGAAUUUUCAUUUAAAAAAUACCAAACAUUUUAUUUGUAAAUGUGAAAGAUGUAAAGAUCCAUCAGAAUUUAAUACCUACAUGAACGCCAUCUGCUGUAAAACAUGCAAAGGCAAUUUACUACCAAAAAAUCCCCUACUACCAUCUCACUGGCAAUGUGACACUUGUACUUCUAUGGAAAACGUCAAAGAUGUCGGUAAAAAGUUAACUCUUAUUGCAUCAGUGCUAAGAGGUCUUAGCGAUGAUGAUUUUAAAAUUAUGUAUAAGUUACUUAAGCAUAAAUUGGCAGUAUUGAUUCCAGAGUCAAAUGAGGUAGCAAUCGAACUUAAGUACAAGAUGAUCUGGAUUUUGGGAUACAAGCAGGGUUACCUAUGGAACGAGUUACCUCUGGACCUUUUAACUCUUAAGAAACAAUUUUGCGAGGAUAUUCUCGAAUUAUUAUUAAAAUUGCGUCUUGGUCUGUGUAAGAUCAGAGGCCUACUACUUUAUGAAAUAUAUAUGUGCGACAAAGAAAUAAAAUUAAAAGAAGGGGGAAAUAACGAGAUAAAUUCAGAUAGUUCAAAUAAGUAUCUACUGGAAGCUGCCGUUAUUUUAAAAUACGAUGCCAGUGCUCCUGAAAUUGUGAAACAACUUGUACAAGUGAAUGGAAAUUAAUGCGAAUAGUAUGUGAAUAAAAAUUUGUAAACACAAUAAAAACCUUUUUUAUAAAGCC